ACCCACCACCACUCCCCCCGGCACACGCGAAUGCCUAUUUAUCGACCUCCUCGCCGGCCGUGCGGGCAGCCAGCGACGACCGGCGGCGAGGUGUGGGCGGAGACCACGCACGGCGCGGCGCAGGCCAUUCACGUCCUGCGGCUGUCUCGCAGUAGCUAACCGGCUGCGAUCUUACGGGCUAAGGGCGUAAUACAAACCGAUUGAUUUGUUCAUCAUCCUACUAAACGGGAAAGCACUGGUACACAGGAUAACACGGAUGGGAGCCCUGAAUGGUAGAAACACUUCUGCCGCCUUGGAUGGCCUCUACGGAGUACAGCUUUGGCGCCCGUUGCCACAGUCGGCACAGAUAAGUGAGGACGAAGCUCCACGAACCACCACUGUAGAGUCAUCGACUUGUGAACUCCAGAAGGGUGGUAGAACACAGCAAAGGCUGCUGAUCCGAAGACUAUGGCAGCACAGGCCUUCUUGCUUGAAGCCCAUCCACUGCAGUAUUACAUGUGACAAGCAUGCUGGCGAAACUAUUGCGAACGUUGUGACCUCUCUGCCCUUCAUUGUUCUUGGACUGCAGACUCCAAGGAAGAACCUGAACACCGCUAUUUAUGCGAAUUCAGUGGUUGGGGUAGGAAUAGCUUCGAGCUUGUAUCAUUCUUCCAAAGGAGAAAUCCGAAAUUUUUUGCGGUGGGCUGACUACACUAUGAUCGCUACCACCACACUGUGCUUAUCGAGAGCACUUAGGAAUGAGAACCCAAGAUUACUAAUGGCAGCAUCAGCAUUGCUCCUGCCGUUUCAGCCACUGAUGGUUUCAGCUGUCCACACUGGAUUGAUGGAGGUUUCCUUUGCAAGAAGGGCAUCAAUUGAACCAGAGCUCAGGAUGGCACAUAACCUGCACAAGAUGUCAUCUCUGCUGGGAGGUGCGCUGUUCAUUGCUGAUGACUGCUUCCCGGAGACUCCCUACAUCCACGCUGCAUGGCAUCUUGCCGCCGCAAUUGGCAUUGGCACAUGCAACAAGCUUCUUGAAUGACAGCGGAAACGGGCCUACUGAUGUCAACGAGUAGUUGAUUUCAGUGUUAUCCGGAAGUUGGAGUGCAUCCAGUAGCAACUUGUCGACAUUUAAAACAGUAAACACCAUUGGUCCAUAUUGGAGAGAGUUGUAAGUUUUAUCAGGUUGAUGUCAGAUACUGUUUUUCUUUUUACCACUCAUAAAAGAGUUGUAGGUAAGGGAAUUAGAUGAACUAGGUGUCUAGGUUGGCUUAUGUAUGUAUUUCUGCUAGGAUUUUGCAUUGAUUUUCCAUAAUUAUUGUGACAAUGAGGUGAACUGUUGUAGAUAGCUUUCACCACGAAAUAAACAAGAUGAGACAACAA